AUGGCGAAGCGGCUUUGCGGUCGCCGGGUGGCCGGAGCGCGCUGGCCCAGGAGCCCGCCCCUCGCCCGGGGGAGGAUCUCACGCGGCCCGGCGGCCCGCCAGCCUCCGCCUCGGAGCCCUGGGUGUCCGCGCCGUCAGCUUCGCCAUGCUCCGCCCGGGCGUGCAGCGGCUGCGGGGCCUCCCGCUGCGGGGCUUGGGGCUGCCCGGCUCCCCGAGCCGCCCGUUCUCUGUCGGCGGCCACGAAGGAAAGGACAACCCACCCUUACCUGCAGAAACAAGAUGGAAAGACAGAGCAGAGACAGUGAUCAUUGGAGGUGGCUGUGUUGGUGUGAGUCUGGCUUAUCACCUGGCCAAAGCAGGGAUGAAGGACGUGGUCCUCCUGGAGAAAUCGGAGCUCACUGCUGGAUCUACCUGGCACGCAUAUUUUCUUUCCUCUUCACUUUUAAGGCAGGUUUAACAACUUACUUUCAUCCUGGAAUAAACUUGAAGAAAAUACACUAUGAUAGCAUCAAACUUUAUGAGAAACUGGAAGAAGAAACUGGACAGGUGGUGGGAUUCCAUCAGCCAGGUAGUAUCAGAAUUGCUACAACUCCUGUAAGGGUAGAUGAAUUUAAAUAUCAAAUGACUCGGACUGGCUGGCAUGCAACAGAACAGUAUAUUAUUGAACCUGAGAAAAUUCAAGAGAUGUUCCCUUUACUCAACAUGAACAAGAUUUUAGCCGGACUGUAUAAUCCUGGAGAUGGUCAUAUCGAUCCUUACUCUCUAACUAUGGCUCUGGCUGCUGGGGCUAGGAAAUAUGGUGCCCUUUUAAAAUAUCCUGCACCGGUGACUUCUCUGAAACCCAGGUCAGAUGGAACAUGGGAUGUUGAAACACCACAGGGAUCUAUGAGAGCAAAUAGAAUUGUGAAUGCUGCAGGAUUUUGGGCUCGUGAAAUUGGUAAAAUGGUUGGACUAGAACAUCCUCUCAUUCCGGUUCAGCAUCAGUAUGUUGUUACUUCGACUAUCCCUGAAGUAAAAGCUUUGAAACGAGAACUCCCUGUGCUCCGUGACCUGGAAGGCUCCUACUACCUCCGGCAGGAAAGGGAUGGGCUCCUGUUUGGUCCGUAUGAAAGUCAGGAGAAAAUGCAACUUCAGGACUCCUGGGUCACCAGUGGAGUCCCUCCAGGGUUUGGGAAGGAACUCUUUGAGUCAGAUCUGGACCGGAUCAUGGAACACGUCGAAGCUGCCAUGGAAAUGGUUCCGGUCUUGAAGAAGGCUGACAUCAUCAAUAUUGUCAACGGUCCUAUCACCUAUUCCCCUGACAUUCUGCCUAUGGUGGGUCCCCAUCAAGGGCUCAGAAACUACUGGGUGGCUAUUGGCUUUGGAUAUGGCAUCAUCCACGCCGGCGGGAUAGGGAAAUACCUCAGUGACUGGAUCCUGCAUGGAGAGCCUCCUUUUGACCUAAUAGAAUUGGAUCCCAAUCGAUAUGGCAAAUGGACGACCACUCAGUACACUGAGGCCAAAGCAAGAGAGUCGUAUGGAUUCAACAAUAUUGUUGGGUACCCUAAAGAAGAACGGUUUGCUGGGAGGCCGACUCAGCGAGUCAGUGGGCUUUACAAAACCCUAGAGUCUAAAUGUUCCAUGGGAUUUCACGCGGGCUGGGAACAGCCACACUGGUUCUACAGACCGGGUCAGGACACCGGGUACAGGCCAAGUUUUCGCCGCACAAACUGGUUUGAGCCGGUCGGCUCUGAAUAUAAACAAGUUAUGCAAAGAGUAGGGGUGAUUGACCUGUCACCAUUUGGCAAGUUUAACAUCAAAGGCCAAGAUUCUACUAGAUUGUUGGACCAUCUCUUUGCAAAUGUCAUUCCAAAGGUGGGUUUUACAAAUAUAAGUCACAUGUUAACACCAAAAGGUCGAGUGUAUGCUGAGCUGACUGUAUCUCACCAGUCUCCUGGGGAGUUUCUAUUAAUAACUGGUUCUGGAUCAGAACUUCAUGAUCUUAGAUGGAUUGAAGAAGAGGCAGUCAAAGGUGGAUAUGAUGUUGAAAUUAAAAACAUAACUGAUGAGCUUGGAGUCCUUGGGGUUGCAGGGCCACACGCGAGAAAGGUCCUUCAGAAACUGACCUCUGAAGAUCUUAGUGAUGAUGUCUUCAAGUUUCUUCAAACCAAGUCUUUAAAGGUUUCCAACAUUCCUGUCACUGCUAUUAGGAUAUCUUAUACUGGUGAGCUGGGUUGGGAGCUGUACCACAGACGAGAAGAUUCUGCGGCGCUGUAUAACGCCAUCAUGGAUGCAGGCCAGGAGGAGGGAAUUGACAAUUUUGGCACAUAUGCCAUGAAUGCCUUAAGAUUGGAGAAAGCUUUCAGAGCCUGGGGGUCCGAGAUGAACUGCGAUACAAACCCCUUGGAAGCUGGUUUGGAAUAUUUUGUAAAGCUCAAUAAGCCCGCAGACUUCAUAGGAAAGCAAGCACUGAAACAGAUUAAAGCCGAGGGGCUGAAACGGAGGCUGGUCUGCCUCACCUUGGCCACGGACGACGUGGAUCCGGAGGGAAACGAAAGCAUCUGGCACAAGGGCAAGGUGGUUGGAAACACGACCUCUGGAAGCUACAGUUACAGCAUCCAGAAGAGCCUGGCCUUCGCAUACGUCCCUGUAGAGCUCAGUAAGGUAGGACAACAAGUGGAAGUUGAGCUACUAGGCAAACACUACCCAGCAAUCAUCAUCCAAGAACCCUUGGUAUUGACGGAACCAACCAGAAACCGACUUCAGAAAAAAGGUGGAAAGGACAAAAUUUGAAAAAGACCUUCAGCAGCUAACUGAAUUAUGGUUGCUACAUGACUGAACUCAAAAUUAUAAUUGAUUUGUGGGUAAACAGGAAACAAAGAAUUCAUUUCAAAAUCAUCAAAAUCCAGAUUUAGAAUCUUAAAAGCUUCCUCCUGUUUCCUCAGCAAGAUAGAAUAAUUGAUUAGAGCUUGCCAUUGUUGUUUCAAAUGAAGAAAUUAGAAAUGACCAUUUUUAUUAUCCCAUAUUGUUUCUUACGAAAUUCAAUCAGAAAAACAUCUUGGCAUUUGCUAAUUAACAUACAAUCAUUGUUACAACAGAAUUAAAGAACUAGAAGAAUUUUAGGAACAUAUACAUAUGGUUCUUAUUAGAUGAAAACAAAUUAAUAAAUUAUGUUUUAUAUAAAAACAAAUGCAAUACUGUUAAUGGAUUUACUGCAUUGGGAAAUAUUUUCUUAGUUGAUAAGGAAUAGUUUUAAUUUCUCAUAAUACAUCUUUGGUGAAAAUAGUAUAAUUUAAUAUUGAUAUAUAACACUUUAUUCAAUUCUCUGAAAUAUUUAUUUUCUUAAUAACUUCACUGAAAGCAGCUUUAUGGUACAUUAUUAUCGUCCUUUCAAAGCUUGUUUUAGAAGAUAAAUUGAAUAAAAAAGAACAGCCUUUCAAAGGAAGUGGUACUUAUAAACCUUCUGAAAUGAAGCUGAAAUAUAAAUAGGUUGUGCCAGUACAAACACAGUUUGAAUACUGAACACCUCUCUUUGGGAAAGAAUUAAUGCAAGUUGACAUCACUCUGUGCUGUAAUGAAUAUCAUUUCUCAAAGUAUUUGACAAAUCAGGUCAAACGAGCUUAAGAGUUGUGUACAGCAAGGAAAAAAAUUCAUUUAGAAAUGUGUCUUUGAUAUACUUCUUGAAAUUAUUUGGCUUUAGUUGACUGAGUAGGUCACAUUUUUUUUUUUAUAAAAGGUAGUUGAUUGUUUAUAAUUUGUUAUAUACUUGUUAUACAUUUAUUGAACUUUCCUUAGAUAUUCAAAAAAGCUGAAUAUGAAGCAUGAUAAGAUUUUGUAAUUAUUACAUGUUUUCAAAUAAUUUCUUGCAAGUUUGAAAAGGUGUCAACUUUGUAUUUUAAAUGUUUCAUAACAGUAAUUAUAUAUUAGAACACCUCAACAUGUCAUUCAUUUCUCUUUGGAAUGUCCUUUUAAAUAAGAAAAGGUAACAAACAUUUCCUAAUUAUCAAGAAUUAUCCAGACCUUAUAUCUUAGUUCUGGUGUUAGGUGCUGGUUAAUGAUGUUGAACGGGAAUCAAGAGAUCCCUAUUCUCAUUUUCUGCCUUUCUGUAGCCCUGUAACCUUGGAAUAUCCACUUACUAUCUCUGGAUUCCUCUUCUGCAAGAUAGACUCUUCUAGGUUCUUUUUUUUUUUUU